AUGGCACGAGUUGCUCCACAACGCGACCCUUUCCAGCACAAUCUGAUGAUGCGACAAAUGCCGGAAAUUAAUUAUCUUGUGAAGUUGUGGUUCAUGUCGACGAUCAAGAUGCUCGGGCUCACCGUGGUGUUCAUCAUUCAGAUGGUCGAGCUCUACAAUAUCAAAUUGAAUUUGCGGGAGGCGAUUCUCCUGCUGUUUGACAUUUCAAGGGACCUUCUUUUGGCCGAAGAUGAGAAUAUCGUUAGCGCCGAGGCGCAAUUGAUGAAGAUGAGACGCGUCGAGACCGUCAUGCUUUUUCUAUUCGUCUUCAAUUUUCUCCCGACGGCAGCACUGGUGAUGUUCCGCGCAGUAUUGGGACCCCGUCGCAAACUUUUUUUGGCUUCGUGCGAGUCGAUCACACUGCUCGCGCUCGUCGUCCUCAUAUUCAUUCGUCACGAGAUCCUCCAAGAAUUGCGCGUCACGAUCCCGCGUGGAUUGAGGAGGAUAGCAACUCCCGAGUUUUCCGAAUACUUCGAAAUAGACUUUAAUUGUGGAUUAAUUGAAAAUGCGGCUUUCAAAUAUUGCUCGCAUGUAUUAAUCGAUGACCAAAUUCGACUCGAUGAUACGAUCAUCCUUAUGGUCGCAUCUUUGACGUGCGCCUCUGUCUACACGACCUCAGGCCAUUUUUCGAUCUACUAUUGCGCCAAUAGUCGUCCACGACCAGUCAUAACAAUCUACGGCCGUGCAUUUUUGCGAUUGGAUUAA